UCAGUGCGCAUGCGCGUUGGGAAGAUGGCACCUGCAGCCGGCUCCGGGCGCCGCCGGCCAAGCUCUUGGGUGUUCUUGUGGGUCGUGGCGGCCACGGCGGGCCGGGUGGCCUUGGCCCUGACGGAGCGGUACCCUCCGCUCUCUCAGCUCCUGGCCGCCGAGUGGGGAGGGAGGAGGCACGCCGGGGAAGGAGGAGGAGCAGGAGGAGGAUGUGACUCCUCUUUUUUGCGCUUCCAUGAGCCAGACUGCGAUCUACACGGAUCUCUGUCCUGUGAAUCCCUUCUUUCUCUCAAUACUGAAAAACUUUUGAGUCAAGCGAAAUCACUUGCAGAACAAAAAAGAUUUCCAUUUGCUACUGAUGAUGACAGUACAAAUGAAGAAUUAGCUAUCGCCUAUGUGUUAAUCAGCAGUGGCCUUUAUGAUGAAGCAAUACAGCAGUUCUCAACAAUGCUCCAGGAACAACCGGAGCUUGUUAGUGCAAUUUAUGGACGAGGGAUAGCAUAUGGAAGGAAAGGGCUGCAUGAUAGAAAAAAUGCAGAACUAGCAUUGUUUGAGCUAAGCAGAGUAAUUAGUCUGGCUCCAGAUCACCCUGAAGUGUUUGAACAGCGAGCAGAGAUAUUGUCCCCUCUGGGUCGGAUUGGUGAAGCACUGGCUGACCUCACUAAAGCUAUUCAGCUAAAGCCAUCAGCACGACUUUACCGGCAUAGAGGUACUCUUUACUUCAUAUCUGAGGACUAUACAACAGCUCAGGAAGAUUUUCAGAACUCACUUGAAUUGAACAGAAACCAGCCUAUAGCCAUGCUCUACAAAGGUUUAACAUUUUUUCACAGAGGGCUUCUAAAGGAGGCUAUUGAGUCAUUCAAAGAAGCCCUGAAGCAGAAAGCAGAUUUUGUAGAUGCAUAUAAAAGUCUGGGGCAGGCCUAUCGAGAGCUCGGUAACUUUGAAGCUGCUACAGAAAACUUCCAGAAGGCAUUGAUGCUAAAUCAGAACCAUGUUCAGACCAUACAGCUUGGGGGAAUGAUGCUUUAUCAUCAUGGAAGCCCAGAUGAAGCUCUUAAGAACUUUAAGAGAUGUCUGCAACUUGAGCCAUAUAAUGAAGUGUGUCAGUAUAUGAAAGGCCUCAGUCAUGUUGCUAUGGGGCAGUUUUAUGAAGGAAUCAAAGCUCAAACUAAGGCUAUGCUAAAUGACCCUUUGCCUGGUCAGAAAGCUAGUACAGAAUACUUAAAAGUAAAAUACCUCCGAGAGUAUUCUCGCUAUUUGCAUGCACACCUUGAUACCCCACUUACAGAAUACAAUAUAGACAUGGAUCUUCCUGGAAAGUUUAAGGAUCACUGGGCAAAAAAUCUUCCAUUUCUUAUAGAAGAUUAUGAAGAACAGCCAGGACUGCAACCUCAUAUAAAGGAUGUGGUGCUUCAGAAAUUUGAAAACUAUAAACCUGAAAUGCAAGAGAUGAUCUGUAUAGCUGAUCACCUGGGGUCGCUAACACAAUAUGAGAUGCCUGGAUUUCUUCCAAACAAGAGAAUACAUAGAGCAAUGGGUCUGGCUGUGCUAGAAGUAAUGCAAGCUCUACAGCGAACAUGGGUGAACUCAAAAGUACGGAUGAAUGGGAAAACCAGGCUGAUGCAGUGGAGAGACAUGUUUGACAUUGCUGUGAAAUGGAGAAGGAUAGCUGACCCAGAUCAGCCAGUACUAUGGUUAGACCAAAUGCCAGCUCAAAGUCGUAGCAGAGGCUUUAAUAAUCACAUCAAUCUAAUCAGGGGGCAGGUGAUUAACAUGAGAUACACUGAAUAUUUUGCAAAGAUGCUUCAUUUUGUCAAAGAAAGAAUCCUUGUUUAUCACAGUGCAAAUAACCACAAAGAACUGUUGGAAGUUCGAGAAGCACUGGAACAAGUUCAUAAAGUGGAAGAUCUUCUCCCCAUCAUGAAGCAGCUUAGCAGCAAAACAAGAGAUGGAUUCACUGUCAACACCAAAGUCCCAAGCCUCAAAGAUCCAGGAAAAGAAUAUGACGGAUUUACUAUUACCAUAACAGGAGAUAAGAUUGGGAACAUUUUGUUUUCAGUUGAAACACAGACAACAGAGGAAAGAACACAAAAAUAUCAUGCAGAAAUUGAUGCUCUUUAUAAAGACUUAACUGCCAAAGGGAAAAUACUUGUGUCAUCUACAGAACCUGGAGCAGAGGAAUCUGAUGCUGUGUGCAGUCUAAUCCUCUCACUUGCAUACUACUUCUAUAAUUUAAUGCCUCUGUCCAGGGGAUCAAGUGUAGUGGCUUAUUCAGUCAUUAUGGGGGCACUGAUGGCAAGUGGAAAAGAAGUUUCUGGAAAAAUUCCCAAAGGAAAGCUGGUGGAUUUUGAAGCCAUGAUUGCACCUGGUUCAGAGGCCUUCAGUAAAGUCGCAAAAGAUUGGCUGAAUCUAAAAAGCAUUUCACUUUCCUACAAGAGUCUUCCACUGAUAUCAGAAUCCUUUCCAACGUUACGAACCAUGAUUGAAGUGCUAAGUACAGAUUCAUCUCAUUGCCUGAAAAGGCUUUAGUUGCUAUGUGACUUCUUACAAUAAAGAGCAGUGAUCCCUUCA